AUGGAUUUGAAGGAGAACUUGUCGCCAAAUGAUCAUGAUAAGAAGUUCAAUAGACAAGAUCGAUCAACUUAUUCUCCGAGGAGAGGAGGAAAAUUUGCACUGGAGGACUUCGAGAUUGGUCGUCCAUUGGGCAAAGGUAAAUUUGGCUCAGUUUACCUGGCUCGUGUGAAAGAAAAUGGAUUCAUCGUAGCCUUAAAGGUCCUAUUCAAAAGCCAGUUGAUGAAAAGCAAUGUUGAACAUCAGCUCAGAAGAGAAAUAGAAAUACAAGGGCAUCUGAGACACCCUAACAUAUUGAGGAUGUACACGUACUUUUGGGACGAGAAAAGGAUUUAUUUGGUGUUGGAGUUCGCACAGGGUGGUGAAAUGUAUAAAUAUCUGAAGAAGAGAGAACGUUUUGAUGAGACAACAACAGCUGUGUUUAUGUUUCAAAUGGCUGAUGCUUUGAACUAUUGUCAUCAGAAGAAUGUAAUCCACAGGGAUAUAAAACCGGAAAACUUACUUAUCGGAGAAGAUGGACAACUAAAAAUUGCUGAUUUUGGAUGGAGUGUGCAUGCACCAUCUAAAAAGCGUCAGACGAUGUGCGGCACUUUGGAUUACCUUCCCCCAGAAAUGGUUGUAGGAGAAGAGCAUAGAGAACACGUAGACAUAUGGUCUCUCGGUGUCCUCUGUUAUGAAUUCCUAGUCGGUACGCCUCCAUUCGAACAUGAUGAUUCCACGAGCACAUAUUCGGCUAUUCGUAACGUCCGCUACAAGUUCCCGCAUUACGUUUCUAGUGGCGCUCGUGAUCUCAUCAACAAACUGCUGCAACGUAAACCGCAAGACAGACUGUCUUUGAAAGAGGUCAUGGCGCAUGAAUGGAUACAACAUCACCUUAGGAAGCGAGAAUCUACUCUCAAGGCUUCCAAAAGGAACCUGAGGGACAAACCUUCAUAA